AUGUCCCGCUUCUUCCACGCCAAAGGAGACUCCGACUCCGACACCGAAUCCAGCGAGGAUGAGGUUGAGGAGCAAAAAGUGAACAAAAGCGCCAAAUUCCGUGAUGACCUCGACUUCAUGGCUGGUCCUGAGGAUGACGAAAAACGUGUCGUCCGAGCUCAAAAGGACAAGAAGUUCGACGAACUCAAAGGAAUCAUCAAACAAAAUCGUGAUGCUAAGAGCAAUAAGGAUUUGAAUAGGCUUCUGACGGGAUUUGAUUCUCUAGUGAAGGCAUAUGACAAAUCAAAAACUAUUUUCCAACGCCAGAAUGUCACUAUUCCGCGUUUCUACAUUAGAUCACUUGUGGAAAUCGAGGAUUACGUGAACAAGCUCUGGGAAGACAAGGAUGCAAAAGCAUCUCUCUCGAAGAACAACGCUAAAGCUCUCCCACCUCUUCGUCAGAAGCUGAAGCGGUACAUCAAAGAACAAAGUUUCCAAGACUUGGUGACCGAUUACCGUGCCAACCCAGAUGAGGAUGGUUACGAAACUCCAGAAGAUGAGGACGAUGAUGACAUUGAGGAGGUGUCAGAAGCCAAGGUUGAGAAAUCACCUGGAAAGCCAGUCGGCAAGGCUGCUGACAGUGAAAGCGACAGCGACAGUGAUGAUGAUUCGUCUAGCUGGACGACUGAGCCAGACACAGAUGAGUCUGAUGACGAAGACAGUGUCACAAAGAUGGAACAACUUCGUCGCUAUUUCUUGAAAAAAGAGUUCCGUGAGGAGAGCAAGGAUGACAAGAGGGUCAAAAGAAAAAGAGAAAUCAAGGUUAAGGAAGUUGUUGAAGACGACGAUGAUGCUGACUGGACUCCAGUUAGCAAAGAGAAGUCUGUUGUUCACUUCGAUCCGAAAGAAGAAGUCACUCAUGAUGUUAUGAUCAAGAAACUCAACGAAGUUAUGUCUGCACGUGGAAAGAGAACAACUGAUCGCAACCAACACGUCGCCAAUCUUCAAAAACUUUUGGAAGUUUCUGGUGAGAAGGAUCUUGGUCUCGGAAUUCAUGUCAAGAUCAGUUUCUGCAUCAUCUCGGCUCUCUUCGAACUUAACGCCAAAAUCAGCGACUAUAUGGAGUACGAGACGUUCAUGAACACGUUGGCUACUGUCGACAAGCUUCUCGAUCUUCUUAUUGGAACCGACCGCGUCAAGUUGUCUGUGACUUAUGCCGAAGAAGAUGAGAAUCUCAAGGAUGAGAACGAGGAUUAUCGUAUUCAAGGAAGUAUUCUCAUCGCUGUCCAAAGAUUGGAUGGCGAAUUGGCGAAGAUACUUCAGAAUGCGGAUUGUCACUCGAAUGACUACAUCGAGAAGCUGAGGGCUGAGAAAGACAUGUGCUUGCUUAUCGAAAAAGCCGAGCGCUACGUUGAACUUCGCAGCCAUCUCAAAAUCUUCGACAAGCACGAAGUCUGCAAGGUUUACAUGAUGAGAAUCGAGCAUACCUACUACAAAUACCAAGACCAAAAUGAGGGAGACGCCGGACAGACGAUGGAUUAUUUGUGUAAGAAGAUCUACAGCUUGGAUGAUGAGAAGCGUUUGAGACAGCGUGCUAUGCUCUGCCACGUUUACUUCCUCGCCGUUCACGAUCAGUGGCAUCGUGCCAGAGACCUUCUUCUCAUGAGUCAUAUGCAAGCCAUCGUUGAUCAUUCGGAUAUUGACACUCAAAUUCUCUACAAUAGAACCAUUUGUCAACUCGGACUAUGUGCUUUCCGUCAUGGUUUCAUUCGUGAAGCUCACCAAGGACUUUCCGAGAUUCAAAACACUCAACGUGCCAAAGAAUUGCUCGCUCAAGCUGUUGGAACUCGUCAACACGAAAAGACAGCCGAACAAGAGAAGAUCGAUCGUUCCCGCCAGGUUCCUUAUCACAUGCACAUCAAUGUUGAGCUCAUGGAAUGUGUCUAUUUGAUCUGUUCGAUGCUUCUUGAGAUUCCACACAUGGCCAGUUGUGAGUUUGAGAUGCGUCGUCGUAUGCUCAGCCGCAGUUUCCACUAUCAGCUAAAACAAAGCGAGAAAGCUUCAUUGACUGGACCACCAGAGAACACUCGUGAACAUGUCGUAGCUGCAUCGAAGGCUAUGCUCAAUGGAGACUGGAGAAAAUGUAAGGAAUACAUUGUCAACGACAAGAUGAACCAGAAGGUGUGGAACCUCUUCCACAACGCCGAGCAAGUCAAGGGAAUGGUUGUGAGACGUAUUCAAGAAGAAUCCCUUCGCACAUACCUUCUCACAUACUCGACUGUUUAUGCUACAGUUUCACUCAAGAAGCUUGCUUCGUUGUUCGACCUUUCGAAGAAAGAUGUUCACAGCAUUAUCAGUAAAAUGAUUAUCCAAGAGGAGUUGUCAGCCACACUCGACGAGCCAACCGAUUGUCUCAUCAUGCAUCGUGUCGAACCAUCUCGUCUACAAAUGCUGGCACUCAACUUGUCCGACAAACUCCAAGCUCUUGCUGAGAAUAAUGAGCAAAUUCUCGAGCCACGUACCGGACGUGGAGGCUAUCAAGGACCUGGAUCGUGGUUUCCAGGCAGGAACGAGCGGCAAGGAGACAAGCAGAAAGGAGCAGGAGGAUUCCAAGGAGAACGACGUGGAGGACAAGGACAAGACGGAAAGCGAGGAAACUGGGGAUCACAGGGUGGUCAACAGCGUCGUCAUCCAAAUAAGCAACGUGCUUUCUAA